CCUGCCUCCUGGGCCAUGCCCUGCUGUUUACAUGCUGGUGAAGCCCCCGGCCGCCCCGGGCCCCUCCGAAACCCGGUUGCCCGAGGGUGAAGCCGGCGCCCGCGAACUGGACUGGUACUCCGACCUGGGGCUCCGGACUCAGAUCCUUGAUCGCUCGGCCGCCUCCGCCACCAUCUGGGCGGUAUCCGGCUCUGGGGUUUUGGAGGAGGGGGUGUGUUGUAAGGAAAGGAAUCCUGGGGAUUUCUACCCCUUCCCUUUUAUUUGGCCUUCGGGGCCUUAGACUCAGGGAACUCGCCCAUGGCUUUCUUGAUGAAGAAGAAGAAAUUCAAAUUCCAAACCACUUUCACCCUGGAGGAGCUGACGGCCGUCCCGUUCGUGAACGGAGUCCUCUUCUGCAAGGUCCGGCUGCUGGAUGGCGGGGAUUUUGUCAGCUUGUCGUCAAGGGAGGAGGUACAGGAGAACUGCGUGCGCUGGCGGAAGAGGUUCACCUUCGUGUGUAAGAUGAGCGCCAACCCAGCCACGGGCCUGCUGGACCCUUGCGUGUUCCGUGUGUCUGUGCGCAAGGAGCUGAAAGGUGGGAAGGCUUAUUCUAAGCUGGGCUUCGCCGACCUGAACCUAGCUGAGUUUGCAGGCUCAGGCUCCACAGUGCGCUGCUGCCUGCUGGAGGGAUACGACACCAAGAACACCCGCCAGGACAACUCCAUCCUCAAGGUCACCAUUGGUAUGUUCCUGCUCUCUGGAGACCCCUGCUUCAAGACGCCACCCUCCACUGCCAAGUCCAUCUCCAUCCCGGGCCAGGACUCCUCCCUGCAGCUGACGUGUAAAGGUGGCGGGACCAGCAGCGGUGGCGGCAGCAGCACCAACUCCCUGACAGGGUCCCGGCCCUCCAAGGCCCGACCCACCAUCCUGGGUUCAGGGCUCCCAGAGGAGCCAGACCAGAACCUAUCCAGCCCCGAGGAAGUGUUCCACUCCGGCCAUUCCCGUAACUCCAGCUAUGCCAGCCAGCAGUCCAAGAUCUCUGGCUAUAGCACGGAGCACUCCUGCUCCUCCAGCCUCUCGGACUUGACCCACCGCCGAAACACAUCUACCAGCAGUAGUGCCUCUGGGGGCCUCAGCAUAGCUGUGGAGGGCGCUGAGGGUGGUGAGCGGGAGCACCGGCCACCUGAGAAGCCACCGAGGCCUCCCAGGCCCCUGCAUCUGUCAGACCGCUCAUUUCGGCGGAAGAAGGACUCAGUGGAAAGCCACCCGACGUGGGUGGACGAUACACGGAUUGACGCAGACGCCAUCGUGGAGAAGAUCAUGCAGAGCCAAGACUUCACGGAUGGCAGCAACACUGAGGACAGCAACCUCCGGCUGUUCGUGAGCCGUGAUGGCUCCACCACUCUGAGUGGCAUCCAGCUGGCCAACAGGGUCUCCUCUGGGGUCUUUGAGCCAGUGGUGAUUGAAAGCCAUUGAGGAGCAGGUGAGCCGGCUGGAGAAUGGCCCUGCCAUCUCGGUUAUCCAGACCCACAGCAUUCCACGAGGAACCUUUCCCUUCGGAUCCGUGCCGCAUCUCCUCUGUGCCUCAUCCAUGUACUCUAGCCCACACCUGCCUCCAAGCAUAAUUCCAUUGUCCUCCCAUCCACGCGGGGAGCCUCCUAGCCUAUGAAGGCCUGGGCACCACUGUGAAUAUUCUCUGAACCACUAGAGGGCAGGACAGGCGGGCCCAUGUUGCAGAGGAAGACAGAGAUGGCCAAGACUGUUCCUGCAGAGACUGACCUGGCCCCCAGCCAAGGAUGCGCAGCAGCUUCUCAACAUAUGGAACUGCUGUGGCCAAGGGGCUUCACCCCCUGUGACUCACAUCAGCUUCAGCCAGGCCCCAACAAGGCCUUGCUCCAUUGCCUCCAUGUCCUCAGGGGACCAGACCACCCCCAGAAUCCUGCCACCUGUGACCCGCUGCUUAGUACUUCAGCUGUCCCUUCCCUGUGUCCUGGGGGAACCGCUGGCGGCCUCUUCCUGGGAGCUAAGACCUCAGACCCCACCCGCAUUCCAGAUGAGAACUCGCCCUCCCCAGUGAUGUUCUGCUGCCCUGGCAGCCUGCACUUUGCACAUGCUCGUCCCCAGCACGGUCCCAUCAGGCCACUCUUCCCCUUCCCCGUGCCACCUUCCCGAGGACUCCUGGGUGCUGCUGCUGUGCAGCCAGAGACCCGGGGUCAAGCAGCCCGGCUGGAACGGGGCUCUGCCUCUGCUCUCUCUAGCCCAGCUCAGGCCUAAGACCUGUGCGGAGAAAGGCCUGAGCUUAUGGUACCCUCUGCCCAGGGCUGGAUCCUGAGCAGCUGGCUUUCCUGCGGGAAGGACUGGGGCCCAGCAGGGCUGGGCAAGCACAGUCCCCAGCUCUGCGCUCAGGUCAGCUGGCCUAGGCUGUGGCCCUGCUGGAGAGGUGAAUGGGCUCUGGCUGGAGCUGGCUCCCUGCCAGACAGGUCCCCACCCUCCUCUGUAAGCACCCCCACCUCCAGGUUCAGAAGAGGUCGGGUCCCUCAGGGGCCUGCUUUCCCAGUGGGGAGCAGACUGGCCCUGCCCCCGCCUUGCCCUUGACCAAGCCCCUGCUCUCAGCACUUUUGCCUGUGGUCCUUGUACUGGCUUGAAGGAGGGCUCUGGCCGCCUGCCAGGCCCUGGACAGACUUCCCUGCCCCCGAGUCUCUCUUAUUUUGUAUAAACCCAGCUGGCUGGUGUUUAGUUAGCCCUAUAGGUUUUUUUUUUUUUUUUUUCUUCUUCCCUUCCUUUUUCUUUUUUUUCCUCUUUAUUUUAGUUCUCAGUUCGAUGUUUCCUCCUCCUCCAGUGAGGGGAGGUGCCUCUGUUCUCUGCCCCCACCUGCUGGCUGGGUCCCAGCAGGACUGUGGAACCAGGUGGGACCAAAGCCAGGGCUCUGGUUCUCUCUGGGUAGGGUGUAGGUGUCCUCCCCAGGUGGGAGGGUUCCUCACCCAGUCCCCAGCUGGCAAAAGUUGGGGUUGGGAACUCCCUGGCAUUGGGACCAGAGCAUUUCUGGGGUUUUUGUUGUCAUUGUCUCAAUCACCUAAUAACUCUUUAGAAAGUGAAUGUCAGAAGGUGCCUGCCAGGGUGACAGCAUGGGCUCUGGCUGGAGAAGGCUCUGGUCAGCUUGGAGAGUCUUUUCUACCUGGCAGAGACCUGGCACUUUAAAAGGAAGCUGGCUGCACUGUCUCAGAUGAGGUGACCCCUAGAAGAUGGGGAAGCCUGUGACCUCACCCAGCCCAAGGAAGUGCAGUCAGGGUCUUAUUGGGGUCUGAUUCAAGGUUCUGGGGCUCUCGGCACAAAGCAGCUUUGAUGCUGUAGGGGAAGACUCCCCCAAACCAGGCGCUCCAGCCCCACACAAGCUAAGGUUUGAGCUGGAUGGUCCCCUCAAAAGAAGACAGCCUGCCACCUCCUCCCAGGCCAGCCCCGGGUCAGGGUAACAGGUCUGAGAAUUUAACCCUAACCAAAUGAAGGCUGGCUAGAGCCAGAGGCCUGGAGCUCUGGCCUCCCCACGAGAGAGCCAUUGCUUCAGCCCUCAGGUUCCUUCAAGCUCAGUGAAUUCCACCAGGCACCUUCAGUGCCUGCACUUCAAAUUCUAUAUAUACAGAGAGAAUAUAUUAGAGAUAUUUUUGGAAAGGAAUUGGUCUGUGCAAUGCCAGUCUGGAAUCUUCUUGAAAGACAGUUUAACGUUUUUACCAGGAGAUUUAAAGAAAAUAAAGGUCUACAAUAUUUUUAAGGUUUUUUAUUUUCUAGUCACCCCACAAAUGAUCUGCCAGGAUGGAGAAUGUCCCUGUCUUCCUGUCUCUAGGGAGGAGAUGGAGGAGGGCACCAUGGGUUGGUUUUUUUGUUUGUUUGUUUCUUGUUUUUAAUCCUCCUUUCUAACAGAAUGUUGCCACCACUGCUCUCCAUCCUGUGGGCUGUUUGUAUCUCUAUCCCAGCUUCUGUCAUAGAAAAUAACAUUGUAAGGGGAACUCAGCCUAGUGUCAGUGUCUUGGU